AUGAGAUUCUCUUCUAUUCUUUCCAUCGCUGCUGCUGUGUCUGCUGCCCCAACUGGCUUCUUGUGGCAGGAAUCCACCAAUGUGUCCACCAUCAAGGUCCAAACCACCUGGACUGACACUUGGAAGACUUCUUUCGACAUCCACGACUCGUGCAGCCCUGUGGAAGCUAACCAAUUGAGACAGGCUUUCGAGGAGACCGAGCGUUUGGCCCACCACGCCAAGCUCCACACUCUCCGUAACGGUAACUCUUCCGAGUUCUACAGAAAGUACUUCGGUAACGCUCCAAUUGGUGAGGUUGUUGGUAACUUUGAGGGUGUCAUCUCUGCCAACACCACUGGAAUCUUGUUCCGUUGUGACGAUCCAGAUGAGAACUGUCACCAAGAUGGUUGGGCUGGUUACUGGAGAGGCGAGGACCACAGUGACGAAACCAACAUCUGUCCAUUGUCUUUCGAGAGCAGAUUGUGGUUGUCCCAGUUGUGUUCUCACAACUUCACUGUUGCCGGUUCUAAGAACUCUGAAAUCUUUGCUGCUGACAUUCUCCACAGAUUGUGGCACACUGAGAAGUUGGGCCAGAACGUCAUUGGUCACUAUGCUGACUCUUACGAGGACUGCUUGGAAUUGGCUAAGACUAACGAGUCCGAGGCUGUCCGUAACUCUGCUACCUUGAGAUUGUACGCUUUGGAUGUCUACGCUUACGACCUCUCUGUUCCAGGUGAGGGUUGCACCUACCCAGAUGAGGACGCUACCGAGUCUGACCUGGGAAGUGCCUCUGCUACCACCGUUGUUGCUGCUUGCCACACCCACUCUGAUGGAGAAAUCCACUGCGAGUAA